AACUCCGGCAUUCGCAAUUUGGUGCUCAGAAGCAACCAGCAAGGCGGCGAAUUUCCUUUUUCCGAAGGUGAAAAAAAAGAAAAGGGAAACAGAAGAAAAAAUGAAGUCUUGAGGAAUACGGAACAGGAAACGGAAGUGGACUCUAUAUAUAUGGUCCUCUCCCUUCUCAUCAUCCAUUCUCAAUAUUUUGUGUCUCUUCCGAUCCCGCUGCAGCCUGCAUUCUGCAUUCUCUCUUUAGAGCAGAUCAAGCUACUCAGGCACUGUAGAAGAUGUCUCACCCUGCUGAAUCUUCCGACUCGAAAGGGGGAAAGAAGGACUUCUCGACGGCAAUUUUGGAACGCAAGAAGUCACCGAAUCGGCUCGUCGUCGAUGAGGCGUUGAAUGAUGAUAACUCUGUCGUUUCAUUGCAUCCCGAUACUAUGGAAAAAUUGCAGAUUUUCCGCGGCGAUACUAUCCUCAUCAAGGGCAAGAAAAGAAGGGAUACAAUUUGCAUUGCUCUUGCAGAUGAGACAUGUGAGGAGCCAAAGAUCAGGAUGAACAAAGUUGUUAGAUCAAAUCUGAGGGUUAGACUUGGUGACGUUGUAUCUGUGCACCAAUGUCCUGAUGUUAAGUAUGGGACCCGUGUUCACAUACUGCCAGUGGAUGAUACCAUAGAGGGUGUUACUGGCAACCUGUUUGAUGCAUACCUAAAACCUUAUUUCCUGGAGGCUUAUCGCCCUGUGAGGAAAGGAGAUCUUUUCCUUGUCAGAGGAGGGAUGCGAAGUGUAGAGUUCAAGGUCGUUGAGACUGAUCCUGGGGAGUUCUGUGUGGUUGCCCCUGACACUGAAAUCUUUUGUGAGGGAGAACCUGUGAGAAGAGAGGAUGAAGAUCGGUUGGAUGAGGUCGGUUAUGAUGAUGUUGGUGGUGUUCGGAAGCAGAUGGCUCAGAUUCGUGAGUUAGUGGAGCUGCCACUGAGGCACCCACAACUUUUUAAAUCAAUUGGUGUGAAGCCACCCAAAGGAAUUCUACUUUAUGGACCUCCAGGUUCUGGGAAGACAUUAAUAGCCAGGGCUGUGGCUAAUGAAACUGGUGCUUUCUUCUUUUGUAUUAAUGGACCAGAAAUUAUGUCCAAGUUGGCUGGAGAGAGUGAAAGCAAUCUCAGAAAGGCAUUUGAGGAAGCUGAGAAGAAUGCUCCAUCCAUCAUCUUUAUUGAUGAGAUUGACUCAAUUGCUCCUAAGCGGGAGAAAACAAAUGGUGAGGUUGAACGACGGAUUGUCUCCCAGCUUUUGACUCUCAUGGAUGGACUGAAAUCCCGGGCCCAUGUUAUCGUCAUUGGGGCUACAAAUCGUCCAAAUAGCAUUGACCCAGCUUUGAGAAGGUUCGGUAGAUUUGACAGGGAGAUAGAUAUUGGAGUUCCGGAUGAAGUUGGACGCCUUGAAGUUCUUCGAAUCCAUACCAAGAACAUGAAGCUGUCUGAUGAUGUUGAUUUAGAAAGAAUUGCAAAAGAUACUCAUGGGUAUGUUGGUGCUGAUCUGGCUGCUCUCUGCACUGAAGCUGCUCUUCAAUGCAUCAGGGAGAAGAUGGAUGUGAUUGACUUGGAGGAUGAAACAAUUGAUGCUGAGAUUCUCAAUUCAAUGGCUGUCACAAAUGAGCACUUCCAUACAGCUCUUGGAACAAGCAACCCAUCCGCUUUGCGUGAAACUGUUGUUGAAGUGCCCAACGUCAGCUGGGAGGACAUUGGAGGCCUUGAGAAUGUUAAGCGAGAGCUUCAAGAGACUGUUCAGUAUCCUGUGGAGCAUCCAGAGAAGUUUGAGAAAUUUGGUAUGUCACCUUCAAAGGGAGUUCUGUUCUAUGGCCCCCCAGGUUGUGGUAAAACUCUUCUGGCCAAAGCUAUUGCCAAUGAAUGUCAAGCGAACUUCAUCAGCAUCAAGGGCCCUGAACUGCUCACGAUGUGGUUUGGUGAGAGUGAAGCAAAUGUUAGAGAAAUUUUUGACAAGGCACGACAAUCAGCUCCGUGCGUCCUCUUCUUUGAUGAACUUGACUCCAUUGCCACUCAGAGGGGAAGCAGUGUUGGAGAUGCUGGCGGUGCUGCUGAUCGGGUUCUUAACCAACUCUUGACUGAAAUGGAUGGCAUGUCUGCGAAAAAGACUGUUUUCAUAAUUGGGGCUACCAAUAGACCUGACAUUAUAGACCCAGCGCUUUUGCGGCCUGGCCGUCUUGAUCAGUUGAUAUAUAUUCCUCUUCCAGAUGAAAACUCACGUCAUCAGAUUUUCAAGGCAUGCUUGAGAAAGUCACCCAUCUCAAAAGAUGUAGACUUGAGAGCCCUUGCAAAAUACACUCAAGGCUUUAGUGGGGCAGAUAUUACAGAGAUUUGCCAGCGUGCAUGCAAGUAUGCCAUCAGAGAGAAUAUAGAGAAGGAUAUAGAGAAGGAGCGCAGGAGAGGAGAGAAUCCCGAGGCUAUGGAUGAGGAUGUUGAGGAAGAUAUGUCAGAGAUUAAGCCUGCCCAUUUUGAGGAGUCCAUGAAGUAUGCCCGCCGGAGUGUCAGUGAUGCAGACAUACGCAAAUACCAGGCAUUUGCCCAGACUUUGCAGCAGUCCAGGGGUUUUGGAGCUGAAUUUCGAUUUCCAGAAUCAGGCACUGGUGCAUCUGCAUCUGCAUCUGCAUCAGAUCCAUUUGCUACUUCAGCUGGUGGGGCAGAUGAAGAUGACCUAUAUAGUUAGGCUAGGUUUUGCUACAAUCAUUCAGAGAUUCUUUUGUGGCCUUCUCACAAGGAUAAUUUGAGGCCCUUCUAAUCAGUUACUUUGGAUGCUUAAGCCAUUUAUUAAUUGAGUAUCGUAUUUUUUUAAUUUUGAUGGUACACGGCUAUGUAGCAGUAUUUCUGGACAAACUAGAUGAACAAAUUGAAAUCCGAAGUUGCAUAGAAUGCAUUUAUUAA